UUUUUGUGAAAAUGAGUAUUCUCCCCUUAAAACCCCAAAAAAUAUUAUUUUUAUUAAUAUUCCUAACAUUUUUUGUUCAUCAACAAUCAAGUUUAAAAAUAAAUAAAGAUUUGCCUGAAGGGCAUACACAAAACAUUAAUAAAAGAAAUGAAAAACAUAAAGGAGGUAAUUGUUAA